GAGAGACAGAGGGUGGAGGACAGACAGGCGGAGAGAAGAGAGAGAGGGUGGAGGACAGACAGGCCAGUAAAAGAUUUCUUACACCGUUUUGUUGACGAGGCGACCAGCAAAACAUCAGUGCAUAGUUCACCAUGGCCCAGAACCAGGUGAUCCUGCAGUUCCACUUUGCCACAUAUGGUGACUCCAUGCUGCAGAAAAUGAACCUUCUUCGGCACCAGCGACGCUUCUGUGACAUGACCGUACGUAUCAACCAGCUUAAAGUCCCCGGUCAUAAGGUUGUGUUUGCUGCUGGCUCAUCUUUCCUCCGAGACCAGUUCAUCCUUCAGCAGGACUCCAAUGAAGUGCAGAUCUCCAUAAACCAGGAGGCAAAGGUUGGCCAGCAGCUGCUACUGUCCUGCUACACGGGCCAACUAGAGUUUCCUGAAUUGGAGCUGGUCAACUACCUGACGGUGGCCAGCUUCCUCCAAAUGGGCCACAUUGUGGAGCAGUGUACUCAAGCUUUGAACAAGUUCAUCAAGCCACACCCUCCACACAAGAUGGAAGUCGACACCGAGCUGAAAAGAGUGGUCAAAGAGGACGGAUCGUGCUCCCAGGCUUUGAGAGAACAGGAGCACUUGCGGGAAGUGGAGAGGGUGGAGCAUGAGGAUGACGUUAGUACUGAUGACGAUGAUGAUGUCAUUAUACAGCCUAAGUCUCCUCCUCACACGUACAAUAUACAUCCUGUGCAAGAAGUGGAGGAGAGUGACAUCAGCAUAGUGAAGGUGGAGUCUGUGGAGUCGACAUUCCCGACAAGUGCCCCAGCCGCCCUGCACUCGCCCGAGCCCCAACACUCGCUCAUCAAUUCAACUGUUGACAGUCGUGGGAGUGAAAUGACGGCGCCCCCAAGCAUGCCGGGCUACCCCUUCCGUCCUCCUUCUCCGUUCAACCCUGCCGAAAAACAGAAGAGCUACGACAAACCCCUCCAGUGGUACCACCAGUGUCCCAAGUGUAGCCGCGUCUUCCGCCAGCUGGAGAAGUACGCCAACCACCUUAAGAUGCACAAGCUCUUCAUGUGCUUGCUGUGCGGAAAGACCUUCACGCAGAAGGGCAACCUGCACCGGCACAUGCGGGUCCACGCGGGCAUCAAACCCUUCCAGUGUAAGAUCUGCGGGAAGACCUUCACCCAGAAGUGUUCUCUGCUGGAUCACCUGAACUUGCACAGCGGGGACAAGCCUCACCGCUGUAACUACUGCGACAUGAUGUUCGCUCACAAGCCCGUUCUCCGCAAGCACCUCAAGCAAAUCCACGGCAAGAACAGCUUUGACAACGCAAACGAAGGCAACUCGCACGACUGUGGGCCUGAAGAGAAUGACACCAGUGGGCCGUUUAUCAGUCAGUCUAACAAUUACGAGACAGACUUAAGAUACGAUUUGAGACACUGUCUGGAUGAGACCGUAUAAAAACAGAGAAACUAAGUGUCACAAUGAUGAGAAGAGACCACCUUAGAAUACACUAUUUUAAAAGACGGUGGUCUGUUAAUGGAGUAGAAUGUUCAGUUAGUGAGGUAGAUCUAUUUCUACUCUUAAGCAUUGACCGUGAUCUUGGCAUACCUUGUCACUAGGGGUGUAACGGUACGUGUAUUUGAAUUGAACCGUUUCGGUACGGGGGUUCCGGUUCGGUGCGGAGGUGUUUCGAACGAGUUUCCACACGGACAUAUUAAGUUGCGUAAUGCACGUUGUGUAAACAAUGCACACCACACGGCAUGCUAGCAGCUAACGGGCUACGAUAGACUGACCAUACAUUCUCUUUUCACCGGACAUGUCCUCUUUUGCGGAGCUGUCAGGGCGGAGUUUCUUAAAUGCCUCAAAUGUCCGGCAUUUUGAGUUAGGGUUACGUGUAUUUUCAAUGUACGUCCAGGGUUAAGAAGGGGUUAAAAACAAAACAAAUUGCGUGCGCAGCAGCAUUGGUGAGGGAGGGGCAGAGAGAGCGAGAGAGUUAUGAUAAACGCGCAUGCGUCGCCAGGCUCUGCUUUUUAUUCAUAGAUUUAUCAGAUUAAAUUUUUUAUUAUCUAUAGCAGGGGUGUCAAAAGUGUGCCCCGGAGGCCAUUUGCGGCCCACAGCUAAUGUUUUAAAGGCCCACGGCACAUUCUAAAAAUACUAUUAAAAUAAACAAAAACAUAUCAAAAGUGAAUAAAAAAGCUUAAAGGUUAAAUGUAAUUUAGAAAAAGUUGCAAUGUUGACUAAUAAAACAAAGCUGUUUUUUUUUUUUUUUCAAACUGUCAUUGCUCAAAACAUAAUAUUGAAUCAAAAUCAAUGUUAUUAUGAAUUAUUGCCCUAUCCAAGGUUCCCAUUACUUCACAUCAAAUAUUCCACUAAGAAAAAUAUUUUUGGUGGAAGAUUUUGCAAAUUUGGUAAAUAAAUAACCCAAAAAUGUAUAUUUUGUCGUUUUCUUACUGUACCGAAAAUGAACCGAACCGUGACCUCGAAACCGAGGUACGUACCGAACCGAAAUGUUUGUGUACCGUUACACCCCUAAGAAGAACGUUCAGUUAGUGAGGUAGAUCUAUGUCUACUCUUAAGCAUUGACCGUGAUCUUGGCAUACCUUGUCACCCCUCCAGUUUUUUUUCCAAAGGUAACUGAUGAAUUUCCCAGCACCCUUGCGUCUUAACAGUUUCCUGUAUUUUAACUUUCAUGGGUGAAAAAAGUCCACUCUGUUACUGCUGGAUCAGCACAACGAGGGCAUUAGCGACAACACAAAGACAAAUCCUUCAAAACAAAAGCAAACCAAUAAAACAACAUACUUGCACCACAGUAAGCAGUAAGUAGAUCAGAAUGUCCCUUAUUUUGCAGAAAUGUUACCUUAUUUUCAAACGCUGAUGUUGUCAGCUAUGAAUUUUGCACAGAUAUUUACUUUUGGAGACAUACGCGUUUCAAUUUUUUGUGAUUACAGGAAUACCACUUGAACAAAAACUUUAGAUUUAACACUGAAGGCCUGAUCUACUAAGAUUCCAAAGACCACACACUAAACAGAGCGUGCUAACUAUAAAAUUCUGUGUACCAGGGUUGUAAUGAUGACUGCGUUCAAACUUCCGGUGGUUAAUAUUACCAUUUCAACAUCAAAUUAUCGAAAAACUGUAAUUGAUGACUGCACUUUAAAAUAUUAUGGACUGACUGGUGCCAGCUUAAAUGCUGAGACUUUAUUGUAUUUCCCCAUUAAGAAACGAUGCACCCCAAUCUAAACUUGUAUAAACACAUUGCUGUCUGAGCAACUAAGCUAUUUAAUUGUGCACAUUGAACCUACAAGCUAUGCUCUGGUAGAGGGAUCGUUCUGUACUCAGAUUAUUACGAGACAAAAGUGUUUUUUAUAGUGCGUUCAAACACCGCUGAACAGAGUUGGACACCACAACACCCACCAGAAAUAAUAAGUAAUUAUAGCAACGGACUGUAUUUGUUACGCACUUUUCAUUUAAAUACAUCUUAAAGUGCUACGGUACAGUUAAAACAAUAAAAGCUUAGCCAUUUAAACAUAAAGUACUAAGAUUAAAACAUAUGUGUAUAAGUACUUUUUGAGCUCAUUCAGCAAUACCCAAUAAAAAUUAUAAAUGUGAUAAUUUCGGUCACGAUAACCGUGAUAAUAGAUUUUAAUAUCAUUACAUCUUUAGCGUGUACUAUAAUUGGACGUGUUGCGUGUGAUCUACUAAGACUGGGUGCACAAUUGAUAAGUGUCAGGUUCAAACACUGAUAACAUCUAUUAAACGAGACAAGAAAUAAACAGAGACAGAAUUCAAUUUGGCUCAAUUGAGGAGAAAUGUGUCGACCUGUAACCUCUAAGUGUCACCCACGCUCUGGCGAAAGAUUGUACGCCACCUCUUUUUUUGGGGGAUUUUCCCUGUUUACAUAACAGCUGUUUCUAAAGGAAUGGGGAGUAUGUAAACAAUCAUUGUUUUCGGUCACAUUAACACAAAAGAAAAAGAUGCUUCAGGCUUGGGCUGGUCCUGGCUUCAGCCUGGGCAGGUCUUCGAUGACAAUAGAUAAACCCCUCCCGUCUCCUCCCAUCGUACACAAUGGAAUUUUCCAAGCCUUUGCUUGGUGCAACAAAGACAGCCUCUUGUCUGUUCAUUGGGAACUCAGAAUGGAAAGUUUUUUUGAUAAUUUACAUACAAUUUUUCUGACAAUAAGUGCAAAAGUGGUGCAGAAAGCCUUCUUUAAAUGAGGAUUUUGUGUGUACUGUGUGGCAUUCACCAUGUUGACACUCGUUUACUGCACAUUCAUGUUAUCAUUCUCCUACUGUUUUUAAAACACGCAGUAGAAAAAUAUAAUAUGUGCCACUUUUUCUGGGCAUUUUAAAAGCAGUCCCGCAGUGCAACUACAACAGGACCCAUUUUUUAGUCUGCUGAAGGUGCACCUUGGGAGAUGCUGGCACUAAAACUGCGAGUGUGGAAUGUUUCAGAUGCAAGGAAAUGCAUAUUGCAGGAAGGUUUUUUUUUUUUUUCAUAUGUAUGAAAAAGCGCAUGAAUUGGAUGUUUUAAUCAGCCCCCUUAUGUCAUCCAGCAGCUAUAAAAUUAUGAAAUGAUAUUGCUGACUAGACAAUAUGUCUAAUAUUUUUUAUUUUUGACAGCCCAUAUAUGUUGACAAGCAUGUGUGUGACAGAGCUGCAGCGUGUUCGCCUCCUUUCUCACAGCUAUUUCUGCGCAGCUGGCAGUUUGCGUAAAAAGACGUAAAAAAGCUCCCGCAGAACAGUUUAGGUCUUGAUAAAUCACAUUUAAAUAAUUACAUUUGCGUUUUCUCCUCCAGUAUUGUGGGCGUUCUGAUAAUAAGCAUAUAUUCUGCAUAUUCAUGAAGACAGACAACAAUUGCGCGUCUUAUUUUGCUAAUUUAAGAGCCUCUUCGCACAAGGAUUUAGGAUGCUUUAUUAUUGUCCAUUUUCUUAACAUGUACAAGACACAUAAGAAUUGAAAUUACAUUUUCGGCACAGUCCCACUAAGAGCAGACAUACGUUACAGGGAGACAAGACGGGACCGCCAACGGAUCAGCCACUUACGGCGCUCCUUAAAAAAGGUGGGGAAAAGGUGAUAUUGGGAAAGUGGGGAAGAGUAAAAAAUAUCAGUCAAAGGCCGGACCCUCGGGAGGGGGUCCAGACUGAGAGUCCAAGGGAAAAAACCUAAUUUGCCAUAGCACACAUAAACAUGUUACAUAUGAUCAC